AGCUCGUACAAGUCCCUGCUGUUAGUGGACACUCCCCCAUUUGAACUCACACACACUCCCUCCUCCGUGUAUGUUUAAGCCUCAAGACAGAACUUCGUGUUCUGCCUCAGCUGGUACAAAUUUGGAAACAAGUCAAGAGGAUAUAGGAAGAGAAGAGAAGGACUCAGAGGAAGAGAAACGCCAUGGGGGCGAUAGUGUCACGGUGGAAGGCUAAACCUUCCACUGUAGAUCUUCUGGAAGCCAUUGACAAGGACAUACAGGCUCUUGAAGAAUACAGUGAAAAGAACCAAAGGCAGUUGAAGAUAUGGAUCGGUCGGCUGCUUUUCUACUCAUCACUUCUGUACUUGGCCACAUGCAUAGUUGUGUAUUUGUGGUACCUCCCAGAGCAGUUGAUGGGACGGCUUAUAUUGUUACUUCCCUUCUUAAUAUUUCCCUUGUUAGUGUGGUUACUUCGAAAAAUGCUCAUAAUGAUUUUUUCACGAAGAACAGAAAAAAAUAAUGACAAAUUAGAGGAUCUUAAAGGACAGAAAAGAAAAAUACUUGAUGAGGUCAUGGAAACAGAGACGUACAAAAACGCUAAAAUGAUUCUGGAGAGAUUUGAUCCUGACUCCAGGAAAAAAAAUGAGCUUGAAUCUACACCAGUUGGCCCUCAGAUGACUCCAAAACCAGGACAAGAGCUGCGCCACCGCAACGUUAUCGAGAAGACCCCCCCAGCAGCAGCAAAAUCUGCAAGCAGUGCAGCUACUCGGCCUCCUCUCGCCUCUGGGCCCACCUAUCCAGGACGAACUUCCCACUCUGCUCCAGGAGGACCCCCAGAGAGGAGCCUGUCGGCAAUGGCGGCUCAGCAGAGUUUGAUGAGGAGGCCCAUGACCCCUGGAACACCUGUUCCAGGAGUUGGAAUGCAUCCUCCGGGUCCUCCUCUGGCCAGACCUGUCCUCCCAAGGGAGAGAGGAGCGAUGGACAGGGUCGUUGAGUAUCUUGUUGGAGAUGGCCCUCAGAACAGAUAUGCUCUCAUAUGUCAGCAGUGUCUGUCCCAUAAUGGAAUGGCAUUGAAAGAAGAGUUUGAGUAUAUUGCUUUCCGCUGCGCCUAUUGUUAUUUUUUGAACCCUGCAAGAAAGACCAGGCCUCAGGCACCUGUUCUCCCUGUGCCCGCCGGAGAACUAAGGAUGCCGUCUGAAGUACCCUUCUCACCAUCUGCUGCUGAUGUAGACACUGGACCAUCAGACUUAGUGAAAUCCAGGCUCGCUGAUGUUUCUGCUCAGUUGGACACAGAAGAGCCUGGCUCACAGACGACAGCAGAGACAAAUUCUGUGUCUGACGACCACGGAGCUGCCGAGGCAGAAGAACUGCCCUCUGAGAAAUCUGAGGGGGAACAGGAUUUGUCUGCCAUGGAGGUGGAAUAAAACAGCAGGACUGCCGUUUUAAUCCGAGUCAGGCUUGAAUAUUGUGUUAACUAAGAAAACGCUGCAAGUUGGAAUAGCAUGGCAGCUGACACUCAGCUUCUAGUACACAGCACCCCGUCCUCCUCUUUGAGAAUUGUUUUUAUGGGUUCGGUAAUGAAUUAAGUAUUUAAAAACAUAGCACUAGCAUUUGGUAGAAAUGUCGUCUCCAUGGUGACAGUUUCACAUCCAGUCUGUUUACAUAUGGUCUUACUCAGAGCAUCGAUGAUGCUAAGGUGUUUUUGAUGCUGUAUAGGAAAAAAAAUGUUUUCCCCAUUUUAAUAGUUUUUGACUGAAUUCUAAAAUGUUUUUGCUGUUUUUGGUUUGCAGAAAACUAUAGAAAGUAUUUUUUGCGUGGUGGGAAAUGCAUUUUUAUUUAACACAAACUAUUUAUAAACAUUAUUCUACACUUCAGUGCCUUUACGAACCCCUUUGCUUGGAUGCUCUGUAGCUAACAAACUGUUUACACGUCCACGGUACUAUAAUAGCAAUGCACAUACAAUACGUGUAUUUAUUGCUUGAAAGCAGGAGAUUUAUGUGGGUACUGCACACCUGCUUUAAGUGCCUUGUAUAUUUUAAGUCUCUGCCUCAGAGUAUUGUCGACCCAUUUACAUAAAGACGAUGAAGAGAUGUUUUCACUAUGAUGGCAUCUAUUUGCUGAAGGUCUGUUUUCCUGUACUGUUUAAAUAUAAAUAUGAAAUAAAUAUUUGAGAACAA